AUGCAGACGGCCAUGAACCUCUCUGAGGCCCAGCAGAUCAUGCUUGAGGAGCUCACGGCGUUGAUCGGACAAGCUAAAGUGGAUAUUUUAGUGUCGCAAGGUCCGUAUGCACUUCGUGCACGUCUCGAGACCUUCUCAAACUUUGAGUCCACGUAA